GACCGAUCGUUGUUAAUUUGUAUUAGUUCGAGACAUGGUGCUGGAAACUGGCUCUCUGCUCCUUCAUGCUAUCUGGUUGCCAUCACUUAUGAAAUCAAAUCAUAGUCUUUUGUGAAAGCAAUCCACAAAAUAGGUUGUAUUGGCAUUACUUUCUAGUGGCUUGUGCUGUUAGAAUGCCGAUCUGAUCCUCUUCUAAGAAGGAGAUGACAGGAUCUUGCACUCCAGGAUGCCUACAAAAAAUUGCAAUUCUGACUUUAAUUUGCACCAGCAGCCGUAUAAGCGCGGAGAAAAAUGACAGAUUGCACUGCAAAUCACAAGGGCCCUUGAAAGUCCAGGAGGGCAAAUUUCCCUCUUCAGUGCGUCUUCCCUUCUGCCAGCAGUACAGCAACUGCACCUGCUGCGAAAGAAGGCACGCCCAAGCAUUUGGGCUUAAAACCCAAUCAAGUCUGGACGCCGGCUCUUUGUCCGAGGGAUGCAAGGAGAUGACGGCAAAGCUGGCCUGCAGGCUGUGCGAUCCAGAGGUUGGCGUGGGACUGAAAGGGGGAGUGUGCGAAGAGACAUGUGACGCAUGGCAUGAGCUCUGCCGCGAUGAUUUCUUUGAGUACCACUCCCUCUCGAAGGAGCUCAUGCCUUGCAGCGACAACUCGCUGGUCUGCAGCCAGUUGAGAGAGCUUGCAGCCGACGGCGCAGACCUGUGCAGGAAAGCCGGCCUGAGAGUGUCGGGCAGCGGGUCAGGAAAGAAGUGCUUUGACGGCAGCGUGCCUGACUUGUUGGAGACAUGCAAGGCAAAAGCGAAGCCCAGGCCUGACAGAUGGAAGGCGAUUAUGAGCAAAGCCCAGCCUUUGUUGCUUCUUUUGAUGGUUUUGGCUGUAUGUGGGGGCAUCCUGGCGCUGUUCUUCAGUGCCCAUAACAUGCAAUCCACAGCACUUGAGAGGACACAACAGCCAGCUGACUUGCCACCCGCCAGGGCUGCAGGCAUUGCAGCCAUUGAGCGCCACAAUAGAAAACAGUCGUGAUGACAGCAUGCAAGCCCGGUGUCUUCUACCUUUUUCUUCAUUAUCAGUGUGUUACAUCGCAGAUUGAAAGCAUGAGCGUGAACUUCUUAAAUCAACCUUAUUGAAUUGUCUGAGACAAAGCAGCUACCUAUGAGCCAAGAAUCAGAUAGGUACAAGAAGAUCUUUGUAAUAGCGCAGUGAU